AUGGUAAAAAUUAUUGACAUGUACAAGGUUGAUUGUCGGAUUAAUGUUAUUAGACAGGCGGAAAAUUCUAAUCGGAGUGGUUUUAGCUCACUGGAGGAGACAUCUACCACGGAGGCGGCGGCGGGGACCAGCGCGCCGUUGCUCCAACCGCGGCAGGCCACUACCGGAGUGGCGGUGACGCAGCCAACGACGCUGGCGCUGCUGCUCGGGCGGGCCACCGGCCGUCGGGGUUCGUCGAUGCUGGUCCGCGAGACGGCGGCGCGUGAGCUUGAGGAGCGACGCGUCGACUGGGGUUACUCGAGGCCGGUGGUGGCUUUGGACAUGAUGUGGAAUUUGGCGUUUGUGAUUAUAUCUGUGGUGAUGUUGAUUUGCACUACGAAUGAACGGCCAAAUGUGCCGAUUAGGGUUUGGAUCUGCGGCUACGCGCUCCAGUGUUCGAUGCAUGUGGUUUUGGUUUGGUUAGAGCACAAGAGGAGGAACCCAAGACGAGUUCGGGGUGUUGAGACAGCCCGGUCCGAAUUGAAUUCGGAUGAAAAUGUUAGCGAGGAUGAAGAUGGGGCUUCAAGAAAUUUGGGAAUUGCAAGGUCGAGAGCCCCUAAACGUUGUGACUAUUUGAAUACGGUGGCAUCAUUUAUCUGGUGGAUGGUUGGUUUCUACUGGAUAGUCUCUGGUGGUAAAAUUCUUCUGCAAGGUGCCCCACAUCUAUACUGGUUGGCUGUGAUAUUCCUGGCAUUCGAUGUGUUCUUUGCCAUUUUCUGCGUUGUUUUGGCAUGCUUGAUAGGAAUUGCUCUGUGUUGCUGCUUGCCUUGCAUUAUUGCAAUUCUUUAUGCAGUUAUUGGCCAGGAAGGUGCAUCAGAGGCAGAUCUCUGUAUGCUUCCAAAAUACAGAUUUCAAAUUUCUAACAAUGAGGAAAAGCCUAGUGUUGGAGCAGGUAGAAUGGUUCCUAUCGAACUGAGCAGUGCAUACCUGGCUUAUGAACGGAUUCUUUUACCGGAGGAUGCAGAAUGCUCUAUAUGUCUCUGUCAAUAUGAAGAUGGAGAAGAACUUCAUGCUCUACCCUGCAACCAUCAUUUUCAUUCUACAUGCAUUGCAAAGUGGCUUAAGAUGAAUGCGACAUGUCCCCUUUGCAAGUACAACAUCCUCAAGGGAAUUGAACGGGUUUGAAAGAAAGUAAGAACUCACAAGGUCGCUGGUUCAUUUGUACACUUGUGUGGAAUGUAUAGAAGAAAUCGAGAAAAACUUAAAUGCUCCUGGUGUAGUGAUGACAUGAUAUCACGCGCUAAUUAAACGCGGAGACACAGGUAAGAAUGCAUCUACUUUGGUGGGUCAUGUCACUGUGUCCGUGUUUAAUUAGUGCGUGAUACCAUGUCAUCACUACACCAGGAGCAUUUAAGUUUUUCUCGAGUAAAUCAAGGCAGGAAACGCAACGAUUAAGAUUCAGCGUUCUUUUAAUUGAGCUUCACCUUUGUGUUGUUUUGGGUUUUGGAAUUAUCUACGAUUGCUCUUGCCUCCGUAUGAGUCGCUUCAUGCAUCAAGGUGCCAAGACGAGCGAGCAAUUUCCAGCCCUUGUGUGUUUGGCUUUACUAUGUUGCAAUUGAUUAGAAGAAAAGGUGACUCAACAGAUAUAUAUGUACAUGUGUAUAUAUACCGUAGUAGCAGUAGGGCAUUGUAAUUCUAGUGAAAAAUCUGGUUGGAUUAUGUGGAUGUACAUUCUCUUAUAUUGCUUUCUGAGUCUUGUGUGAAAUACAA